CAGGGUGCCCGGACCAAGCCAACAGGACGUCCCCGACCUAACAGCGCAGCCAGCUUGGCGGGUCUCCUCCCUACCAGGCUCGGGGCUGGCCCGCCCCAGCAGGUGGUCCCUCUGGGGGCCACCUCCACCCACCCCCUAGGGUGGGGGCAGGUAUAGGAGCUCAAGGCUUUCCCCAGGGAAGGAGGAAAGAGGCGGGGCGGCAGCGAAGGCCCAGGAUAUAAGGGGCGGAGGCGCCGCUCGCAGGGCCAGCCAGCCCACCAUGCACGCCCCCCGGCUGCCCUUGUUCCUCCUGCACGCCUGGUGGGUCCUGCGCCAGGCGGGCGCCGCCACGGUGGCCCCGGUGCCGCUCCGAACGCGGGGGCACCCCUCGUCGCCGUCCCCUCUCGCGUACAUGCUGAGCCUCUACCGGGACCCGCUGCCCGGGGCGGACAUCAUCCGAAGCCUGCAGGCGCAAGAUGUGGAGGUGGAUGGGCAGAACUGGACGUUUGCUUUUGACUUCUCCUUCCUGAGCCAAGUGGAGGAUCUGGUGUGGGCUGAGCUCCGGCUGCAGCUGUCCAGCCCUGUGGACCUGCCCCCUGGCCUGCCACUCUCCGUCGAGAUUCUCCACCAGCUAAAGCCGGAUGCGGAGCAGGACCCAGCUGACUGCCGGGAGCGUCUUCGGAUGGACCUGUUCACUGUCCCUCUGUCCCAGGUUACCUUUUCCUCAGGCGGCAUGGUCCUGGAGGUGACUAUGCCACUCUCCAAGUGGCUGAAGCACCCUGGGCAGCUGGAGGAGCAGAUGUCCAGUUUGGUUGGAGAGUGUCAGCCGCGGCCUCCCACGCCACCCGUCGCCAGCGCGCUCCUCAUGCUCUACUCCAACCUGUCCCCAGAGCAGAGGCAGCUGGGCGGCUCCACCUUGCUGUGGGAGGCUGAGAGUUCCUGGCGGGCCCGGGAGGGACAGCUGUCCCAGGAGAGGGGCAGGCGGCGCCGUCGACACCACUUGCCGGACAAAAGCCAGCUGUGUCGGAAGGUCAAGUUCCAAGUGGAUUUCAACCUCAUUGGAUGGGGCUCCUGGAUCAUCUACCCCAAGCAGUACAAUGCCUAUCGCUGCGAGGGCGAGUGUCCUAACCCUGUGGGGGAGGAGUUUCAUCCGACCAACCACGCAUACAUCCAGAGUCUGCUGAAGCGAUACCAGCCCCACCGAGUCCCUUCUACCUGCUGUGCCCCCGUGAAGACCAAGCCGCUGAGCAUGCUGUACGUGGACAACGGCAGAGUCCUCCUAGACCAUCAUAAAGACAUGAUUGUGGAAGAAUGUGGGUGCCUUUGAGGGGAUCCUGGCGGGGCCCGGAUUUGCCUGUUCCCUGGGAAGUUGGGAAGGUCCUAGAAGAGACACGAGAACCAUCUAACGCAAUGAGGAGACACAGAGGGGGGAAGGUUGCUCUGUUUGCCAGAGGGGGAAGAGCUGCCUGCCCUGUAAAGGAAGGCUCUGUGGGGUCCGGCUCACACAGAGGCUGCUGUCUGUCGGGAGAGAGAGAGGAGCAAGCCUGGGCGGCAGGCUGGUCGGCUGUUCUCUUUCCUGAAGAGACAGUGGUGACUAAAAGCACUAGGGCAAGGGUUCUCUACUUGACUUCUUAACCUAUGAACCCUCAGAAAUGAUACGCAAAAGUUGGGGCGUACGUGCAUUUAUCUUUGAGGUGGGACAGGUUACUGAUAACUUCUAUGUAUUCUCAAAGGUGGUCUUUGACCACCCCCGCCCCCUGCCAAGAUGAAGUUCACUGUGUUAAAGGAGAAACGGUUGGCUCUCGUUGCCUCCGGCUGGUUUAGGGAAGCCCCCACCUGCUUCGGGCCGGCCAGUGGCGAUCCGCUGGCCUUGUCCGGAGGCUCCCCAGAGUGGGUCUCUGCUAAUGAGUUGCACAAACAAUACAGCCAUUGUGAAGUCCUCCUAGGCCAGCUGGUGCCUUUGAAGGGAGAGGCAGAAACUCCUCCAGAGAGCUGGCCACGCUGGACUCCAGGAGUGGAGCCCUCAGGCACCCCCCAGCCAGCCUGCGUGGGCACACACAAUCCGAGUCUAUUAAAGUUGGUGACAGUU